CAGACUAUUCCAGUCCACGACCGUCGGACCGAACCGAACCAUCCAGAAGCAGCCGCCGCCCCAAUUCUAAAGCAUCUCCCCCCCACCCAUCUCCGAUCUCCACCCGCAGAUCCGACGGAGACAAGCGCACCAAGCCCCCCCACCAAACCCUAAUCCUCCUUCCCCCCCCUCCCAUGGCGAAGUACGGAGAGGGCGACGCGCGGUGGAUCGUGCAGGAGCGCGCCGACGGCACCAACGUCCACAACUGGCACUGGGCGGAGCGCGACUGCCUCGAGUGGUCCCGCUCCCGCCUCACCUCCCUCCUCGCCGGCCUCCCCGUCCUCUCCGGCGAGGGCGGCCUCGCCCUCCGCACCACCGCGCUCGACAAGCUCGACGGCGAGGCCUACGUCAACAUCCGCAAGGGGAAGGUCAUCCCGGGGUACGAGCUCUCCCUCACCCUCGCCUGGGAGGCCGAGGCCACCACCGAGUCCGGCGUCGUCAAGGUCUCCGGCGCCGCCGAGGUGCCCUACCUCGCCGACGAGAACGCCGACGAGGACCCGGAGCUCCGCGUCACCGUCCGCGGCGACGAUGGCCCCGUCGCCCGCCGCGCCAAGGACGCCUUCCUCACCAAGGGCAAGCCUCUGGUCCUCGAGAAGAUCCGGGAGUACGUCGCCGCCAUGGCGAAGGGCGGCCCGGCUAAGGACGAGCUGGAUUCCAAGAAGACCCCCACCAAGGCCGCGGCGGUAGAGGCCGGUGGCGCGGCCACCGCGCCUGCCCCUGCGGCGGAGAAGAAGGAGGAGGCGCCGGCCGUGAAGGAGAAGAAGGCGAAGGCGAAGGACAAGGAAGGAUUCAAGACGAUCGAGAUGACGGAGAAAUUCUACUGCCGUGCGAAGGACAUGUAUGAGAUCUUGAUGGAUGAGAACAGAUGGAAGGGGUUCACGCAGAGCAAUGCGAGGAUAAGCAGAGAGGUCGGAGGGCAGUUCAGCCUCUUCGAUGGGUCAAUCAGCGGCGUCAAUGAGGAGUUGCAGGAAGGGAAGCUGAUCGUGCAGAAGUGGCGGUUCGGUAGCUGGCCAGACGGCGUGCACUCGACGGUUAGGUUGGUAUUUGAUGAGCCUGAGUCGGGAGUUACAGUCAUAAGCCUCAAACAAACUGAUGUGCCAGAGGAAGACAGAUAUGGAAAUUCAACUGUGGUGGAGAACACGGAGCGAGGCUGGAGAGAACUCAUCUUCCAGAGGAUACGCGGAGUGUUUGGUUUUGGGAUCUAAAGCAGUACUUUGACUCUUGAGCUGGAUUUCUGCUUUUCAGGAAGUCGAGCGUUACCAUGUCACAGUUAUCCCUGUCUUUGCUGUCGCAGUUUAUUCGAUGUUAGACAGAAACUUUGCAUAUUACGGGGAAGUCGGAAAAAACAUCUGUUAUUCAUCACGCUGGAAUGCGUCUGCAAUGUUUGCCAAGUGUUAAUCUGCAACUGAUGGUUGAGUAACCUUGUGUUGUGUUGGUUGAUCGUUGAUUGUUCUGCAAUUUCCUGAACUUUUAAGUGUUGUCUUGCUGCGGUUGAUGAGACCAAAUUACGCAAAGUUUUCAUCCGUGCAGCCGCACUGUGCUGCCCUAAAACUCGCACUUGCUUCAGGAAAAUUUGUUUGCUUUUCUCGUUUAA